AUGUCCGACAUAUCUCACGAAGACGCUGCGAUCAAGAUGUCCUCGACACCCAGCCCAACCGCGUCGAAUGCUGCGAGCAGCACCUCGGCAUCCCGAAGACCCGCUCGUAAGAGCACUUUAACCCAACAACAAAAGAACCAGAAGCGACAACGUGCUACUCAAGACCAAUUGGUUACAUUGGAGAUGGAAUUUAACAAAAACCCAACGCCAACCGCCACGGUCAGGGAGCGGAUUGCGGACGAUAUCAACAUGACAGAGCGAUCUGUGCAAAUUUGGUUUCAGAAUCGACGAGCCAAGAUAAAGCUCUUGGCCAAGAAGAGCAUAGAGACUGGUGAGGAUUGCGAUGCCAUCCCGGAAUCCAUGCGCCAGUAUCUCGCAAUUCAAGCUAUGGAGUCGGGGAAGUCCUUGGGAGGCAACUUUCUUGGUCGUUCGGGACUGAUGCCUUAUGGAAGUGGUAGUAUGCUAAUGGGCGGCGAUCAAGGUCCCCAGGGCAAAGUCGUCAUCCACCACCUUUCGUGCCGGUCGUUGAGCGUGGGUUCAUGGAGACGGGUAGGGCAAAACGCCAUGGAUCUGAUCAUCUUCUACUCCCCCGACAAAGCGACGAUGACAUAUUACAUCAACAACGACCAAGCAGGCUAUAAGAUCGAAUACCCAUUUGCUUUCAUCAAAAAUAUCUUCCUGGAAAAUGGGGAUAAUGAGUCAGGAAAACCGGGCGGUCUUGUGGUGGAGCUUAACCGCCCGCCGAACUUCUUCAUGGACUCCUCCGGAUCAGGUGGUUUCUUUCAAUGCGGUGAUUUCACCGAGGACCAACAAGCCUCGCAGGUGAUGAUCCAUCAGCUUGGAGGACACCCGAAGGUUCUCAGUGGCCAAUUGGCCAAGCUCGUUUCUCUCGAGUCUUUCAUGACUCGACACAGCCCAUUCGACCACCAGCAGCAAGUGUUGUCGGUGUCAGCACCUGUAUCCCCGACCGGACACCGCCCAGCGUCUCAACCGAACUACAACACUCAAGCUCAUGUUGGCAUGUACCAAGAGGGAUGGGGUGUAAAUGUAGUUCCAGGCCCCCGCGGUCCAGGUCAUAAGAGACAGAGGAGUCGCUCAGUUCCCAUGGCAGUCGAUUUCUCCAUGUUCAACAAUCCUAUGCCGUCGUUCCUCAUCCAGCAUCCCAAUGAGACUCAGUCGCAGGCUCACAACCCAAACAUCUUCGCUCCCGUUGCACAGCAGCCUAAUACCUUGGGCCAACUCGGAAACAAUCUGCGAAUCGAUACCUCAACUGGGUAUGGCAGCAUGGAAUUUAGACAGUACCCAAUGUCUGCUGCGACAACCGCAUCUCCAUCGGAUUUUGCCAGCCCAGGCUUCUUUUCUCAAGCCCCAGACUCCUCAGCGAUUCCUGCUUCUUACGGCAACAAUAACCCAAACUAUAGUACGCCAUACCUCUCGCCCAAUAAUAUGGCCGACCACUCGGGAGGGAUGAUCCCCCCUUCUGUGUCCCCGCUUUCAUUUAUGAAUCACGGAGACCCAGCAAUUGUUGAUCAAUCCCCACCUCUCUCGAUGAUGCACCGGAGCUCCUCUGCGGAUGUAUACACUAUGUCACAUGAACACCCGUCAAACAUAUCGGAUGAUGGCACCUCACUUAAUGAGAUGUAUUCGAAACACACUCUAAAUCUUCCUAUGCAUUCCCACUCCCCAGCUUUCACUGAGCAAUCAUCAGCAGAUAUGGAUAUGAAUCAGCUGGUCUCAUUCGAUGAGAACCCUGCUAGUUUGUCCCCCGAAAAUAUUUCCCAGUAG